AUGGGCGGCGGCAACGGAGCCAAAGCAGCGCAGAAGCGUGCGCGGAACCAGGAGAAGGCCGCCCCGAAGGCUAAGUCACAGCUAAAGGCCAACGCCGCUGCCAUGAACAUCAUCUGCGCCCAGUGCAAGCAGACCUUCCUCUCGACUUCUCGCGAGCCUCAGCUUACGCUGCACGCCAUCAACAAGCACAACGCGACGCUUCCGCAGUGCUUCCCAGACUUCAAGAUCACUGUUGCCGCCAAAUGA